AAAUUACUCGGCAGAAUCGCACAUUGGGCCGAUAGCCCGAGGCUUAUUGCACAUUUGUCUAAGAAACGCGUUUGGUAAUACACGAAUGGAGCCGUGGACUGUGCUUACGUUAUUUGCACAGGUCUUUUGCUGUCCGGUACUGCAACACACUCUCAGACAACCAAGCCAUUCUUUCACGGCCCAACAAAACGGUUGUAAUCGUACAUACGAACUUAUUUUUAAACAUUGGAAGAAUGGGCGGUGUGGCAGUGCUUGAGGAACCGUAUUCUAGGAAAGGACAUACCGCUAUACAAUCGGACAAGAUGAAGAGUACCGUUCAAUACGGAUGUACUGUGAGGAAUACUUGUUUGCAGCUUGCAUAUAACGCUAAUUGAAUGAAUUAACCGUUUUGAGCUGACGGUGUCGCAUUCUCUGUGAAAACACGGCUCGGUUUGAGCGCAUUAUAAAGCAAACAGAAACAGCUGGUGGACCAAUCUAAUCAUUCGUGCCACCAUGAGUGGGCCGGUGUUUACAUCGUAUCAAUGCCUACCAAUCGAAUCUUACGAUUUGAAACGCAAAGUUUAAAAAUGAGAAACAGCCAGCAGAUGAUGCUGUACGAGCUGGAAAAAUUUGUAACAAAGAAAUAUGGACGGCCAAAAUACACCAACACAAAAGAAAACAUGAGCAUCGAGCAGGAUGGUGAUGAUCGUGCCAGCACGAUAAGUUGCAAGUCUUGGAGUAGAGAGGAGUUUCCCCUGUCUCUGUUGCUGGAAAAAGUGAUAAACAGAGAAGAGAACGAAAAUGUUUUGUAUGAAAAGUUCCCAUCAAUAGAUGAUAUGAGUGCUGGCGAACUGGCAGAAGCACUGCAUAGCCUGGAUCUGCGGCUUUACGGAAAGGUAAUGCCCACCGAGAUUGUAGAGUACGGGAAAGUAGAUAAACACCGAGACGGAGAUGAUGAGAGCUCGGCUACAAAUAAAUCAGGUGGCCACGGCAAUAAGAGUGGGCCAGGCCAACCUAGCAAGGAGCAAAUGCACAAAAGGACGGACAGCACACGAACCAUCAGCAGCAAUUUGAUGUCAGACAAUCUGAAAGACAUCGUUGAAAAGAACAAGGCGUUGACAGCUCUCACGAGCAUAAAAAUAAGCAAAGGAGUGAAAUCUUCUUUUUUUGUGCGAGUGUGCCGGUAUCUCAAAAAGAGGAGCAAUUACAACUCAAUAGUGUCCAUUUUAAACGGUCUUAGGACACACAAAACAAGCAGGUCGUUCAACGAGUUUGAUAUUCCAAAGAAAUACGACCCGAGCACCACUUUUAUAAUUCAACCGAUCGAGAACAUACUAGCUGAUGUGGCAAUCUCUAACCAAGAAACACUGUCGGAGGGGGCAAACAUGUUCUUUUACGGCAUAGUAAAGUUUUUCAUCAUUUUGCAAGAUAAAAAGUACGAGGUUGAUGUUGAGAUGGAACAUGCUGUCAUGAGAGAAAUGGUGAGUGUGAAGAGUUGUAGUUUUGAGGAACAUGAGGAAUCUAGGGGUGUGUUUUUGGGAAGCUACCUGUUCGUUCCAGUGCGCAAAAAUAAAUAGACCUUAUGGCAACAGGAUAUAGGCCCAUGCAAACCUAAAUACAAAAAUAUUUCGUUCCAGUGCUUCCAUGAUAAUGUUGCCGAAAUAUGGCACAGAAAUAGUUACCAUGGGAUGGUUCGUGCGACGAGGGUUUUAUUCUAUGACCAGUCUUAUCGAACCAGAAAAGUGCGCUUGCUUGAAAGACAUUACGUGAUUAAAAUGAAC